AUGCGGCUGCUGCUGCGGGCCCUGGCGCUGGCCCUGCUCCUGAGCAGCCUGGUGCCAGGGGGUGGUCUGUCGCUGGAGAGCCUGCUGACCAACAUGAGGUGCAAAUGCAUCAAAUCCACCGCCCACGUCAUCAACCUGGGGCUGAUCCUCACCAUCCAUGUUACCCCGCCGGGCAUUCACUGCAGGAGGAAGGAGGUCAUCCUCACCCUGAAGAAGAACAGGCAGGUGUGCGUGACUCCCGAGGCGCCCUGGAUCCGGCUGCUCAUCCACAAGCUGAUGCAGAGGAAUGGCAUCAAGAAAGCGCUGCCACGGCUGCGGCGGGAGGCACCCCCCUCGGAGACCUGCGCCCCGUCCUUCCCACUGGCCACAUCCCAGGAAUCCAUGGUUAUGAAUCCCUCGUGGGACAGGAAUGACACAGCCCCCCUGCCCCGAGACACGCUGGGCUGAGUGGCACAACGCCGGCCCUUCUCUGCUCCUGGGUGUUGGCUGAGCAGGAGCCUUUCCCUGCUUUCCCCUCAGCACCCUCUGCUUCCUUCCCUUUCGGGUGCCUGCGCUGUUCCCGCACACAGUGACAGCCCCUCCCGGUGGCAGCAAUAAAAGGAUGAAUGUGC